AUGCCAUUACUUUGGUCUAGCGAAUCCGAUGGCUUACGUGAGCAUCUUGUUGACGUGGACGGGGUCUCCGGUAAUGAACCGAAGAUUCGGGUACGAGAUCUGACACGAGUCUCCGAUCACGGAACUCUGAUUCUGAAAGGAGUGUCGAUUGAUAUACAGAAAGGUAUGAUCGUUGGUGUGAUUGGUCCAAGCGGAAGCGGAAAGUCAACGUUUUUAAGAUCCCUGAACCGUCUCUGGGAGCCGCCGGAGUCAACCGUUUUCUUGGACGGAGAAGACAUAACGAACAUCGACGUCGUUACUCUCCGCCGUAGAGUCGGAAUGCUUUUCCAGCUUCCCGUUCUCUUUGAAGGGACUGUUGCGGAUAAUGUGAGAUAUGGUCCGAAUUUGAGAGGGGAGAAGCUGAGUGAAGAAGAUGUUUACAAGUUGCUGAGCCUUGCGGAUCUCGAUGCUUCGAUUGGGAAGAAGACUGGUGCGGAGUUAUCUGUUGGACAAGCUCAACGAGUAGCACUUGCGAGGACUCUAGCCAACGAGCCUGAGGUGUUGCUUCUGGAUGAGCCAACGAGCGCUUUGGAUCCGAUAUCGACAGAGAACAUAGAGGACGUUAUUGUGAAACUGAAGAAGCAGAGAGGGAUCACUACUGUGAUUGUGUCUCACAGUAUCAAGCAGAUCCAGAGAGUUGCUGAUAUCGUUUGUCUUGUUGUUGAUGGUGAGAUUGUCGAAGUUCUCAAACCCAAUGAGCUUUCUCAAGCUUCGCAUCUAAUGGCAAGAAGGUUUCUCCAACUCAGUUCCUAA